AUUUAAAAUAUAGUGUCGUCUUGGUUGUCACUUCAAAAAAAAUUGUUAAAAGAAUUAUCCGUACAAAUUACCUGACAUAUGAUAAUGUACUCGUAUAUAGAGCAUACCGGCAUAAGAAAAUUGGCAACUGACGAGUGAAAAACGUCAGGUAUGCUUAUGCUUAGCACGCACGGCCAGCGCACGUCUAUCGAACUCGCUUAAUCACCGAGAAGAUCGGGCAUGUUUUGGCGAUGUAUGUGUAUCUGAUCACUACCUAGUUAAUGUUAUCAAACUUACUGAUGUGUAUAAUCGCAGCGAGUGCGCAGUGCAGUGCCGACACCGGACGAGUUGCGACAGGAUGAUCCCGAUAGAACAAUUGGCGCUAAUUGUCAAUCAACAUCUUGGUCUUAUUACCUGUACUGAUGACAUACAACAUACAAUGAAAUGGAAAAUCUUCGAAUCUCCCUUGGGUGGCAGAGGACUCGUCGCUACAGAGGAUAUAAAAACCGGUGAAGUUUUAUUUGUUGAUCAUCCAAUUAUAUACGGUCCACGCUCCGGAACUAAAAUAAAACGUGGUUGUACUGUUUGUAAAAAAAUUGAUAGUAAUACUUUUCGCAAAUGUCAUAAAUGUUCAUUAUUAUUGUGUUCAGAGCAAUGUCAAAACAGUGGUGUCCAUUUAAGUGACUGUAGUGUAAUUUCCUGUUGGUCAAUCAAAGUGCCUAUUGAGGACGUCGAUGACACACUGUUGUCACGCGCACUAACUGCGAUACGAGCGUUGUUAUUGGAUGAAGAUCAAAAAAAACUUCUUACUUCCCUUCAAGCACAUUUUCAUCCUCAACAUGGAAGUGAAAUAAGAAAUUUAAAAGAAUAUUUUGAUAUAUUUCCGCAAGAAGAAGAAUUUAUGUUAUUAGUUACGUGUAUACUUGAUGCAAACGCAUUUCAGAUGGCAACACCGUAUGGACAAAAAGAAAUGAAUUUGCGUGGGUUAUAUCCCGUAUCCUCUCUAAUGAACCAUAAUUGCGUAUCGAAUACCAGAUAUACAUUCAACACGGACUCACAAAUGGUAGUCAAAGCUGUGAAACCUAUACGAGCUGGCACAGAAAUAUUUACCUGCUAUUCUGGAAUGUUAUGGGGCACUCCUUCUCGACGACUUUAUCUUUAUAAAACGAAACAUUUCUUCUGCAAUUGCGAACGCUGUGCCGACCCGACCGAAAGGGGCACUCUCUUGGCAGCUCUCAAAUGUUUCUCUGCUGAGUGUUCGGGCUCACUUUUGCCUAUAGAACCUUUAAAAUUUAACACAGCUUGGCGAUGCUUAGACUGCGGCUUAAGAGUUCCACAUCUAAACAUAACAACUAUACAAAAUGCUUUAGGAAGUCUUAUGGGUUCCUUAGACUUUGAAAAUAUUUAUGAAUUAGAAACUUUUUUCUUAAAUAGAAUCACAAGAUAUAUUCCAAAAAGCAAUCAAAUCGUCGUAGAUUUACAGUGUCGGCUAAUAUUCGAGUAUGGAGAAACUGAAGGGCUCCGUUGGGACGAGCUAUCGGAAUCUCGUUUGGACCUGAAAGAGAACCUGUGCCGAGGUACGCUGCGUACGGUGGCGGCGCUGGGCGCGGGCGACGCGCACCUGCGUGGCCUGCUGCUUUACCACCUGCACGCCGCGCUAGCAGAACGCGCCCGCCGCUCGCCAGACCUGUAUGAGGAACUGAAGUCGGAAAUUGAAAUUACCAUAGAGCAAGCUUAUAAUAUUCUUCAAGGUGAUAUAUCUGCUCCACCUGAUCUUGAACUAAGAAGACAAUACCUGGGGCCCGGCUGUGAUAAGUCACAAGAAGAGAGAUUUUUUAUUCUCGAUUCUCCAGAUAAAGUUGCUAAUACAUAAUAAUAUCAUCAUCAUAUUGCAUAUAAAUGUCUAAAUACUAAAGUCAAUGAACUAAUUAUAUAAUUAAAAAUAAUUUCUUUACCAAAUAAGUUACUCAUUUACAUGCCUCACACACGUUUUUAGCAUUGUACUACUUAUUUAUUUACCAUUUAUUACGCCCACAAAUUACGGCCCUAAUAAAAUAAGAGCAACAAACUAGGUACAGUAUAGAACUGUUUAGCGUGGACAAAUUUUGGACUAACGAUGCUCUUGUUAUAUUUUUCGUAUUUGUUAAAAUAAGACAGAAAUACUUUUCGUAGGAGUCAAUCUCUUAUAUAAUUUAAAUAAUUGAUAGAAAAACUAGAAACGAAAACAAGCCCGCAAUUAUAUAAGCACUAUUGAAUACUUUUCUCUUCUAACUUGUAUAUAGAAGUCUAUCCCAUAACAACAUAUAUACCAGAAUCGUUUUAAGUCACGCUAAUGACUCAAAUCGUUAAGGAAAUAUACCUACUAUGAUUAUUUUAUUCUUUCUUUCUCAACUUCAAUGUGAAUCUAAUAAAAUUAUAAUAAUCUUAUAAAAUCUAUGAAUUUAUUUUUGCUG